AUGUGGCCAGCUAGAGCGAUGAGUGGAACCACUGUAGCCGGUAUUAAUGGAUCGUAUGGCUCAUCAUUGAUGCAAUUAACUAAUCCAUCUGCAGUCAUUGUUGACAAUAAUGGGUACGAUACUACAUGAUAUAUAAUUGGAAUCUAGUCAAAGGACGGGGGUGGAUAUGCUAGCAAAAACGGCCCUAUUUGGAAACCAUAGUGAAACCCCUAUUAACUAUACAUAGUUCGAAAAGAAAUAAAUACAAAACGACGAAUCAAUAAAAAUUUC